AUGAGGCUCGGAAGCGCUGUACUUUCGCUAGCAGUGUUAGUGCGUCUUUCCGUGGCUAGAAAUCUUGGCUACUUCGAUGAUAUCUCCACCUGCGCGGAUCCGGAUGGCCUAGCGACGUGCUUCGAUAGGGCUGAGGCGCGCCACGGAACUUGUAUCGACGAGAAAUGCCCAGAUAAUAAGGAGAAGAAUCGCGAAUGUGCUGAGACUUGCAAGGGGAAAGAAAUUUGUGCCAUAACCUGUCCGGGUAGCUGCGUUUCUCCUUGUGGGGCUGAGAGGGCUGGUAGCCAGAUCGAUUGUAUCGCAUCUAGCUGUUGGAACCAGGUUUACUCCUGCGAGUAUCAACAUACCGUCGAAGACUUUAUCUCACUAUAUCAAAAAGAAUACCUCGAUAAAAUCCCCUUCUGGCCCCCACCAGAUAAAGCGCCUGGCGGAUGCUCUUGUAACAUCGGAAAGGUCCGCAAGAAGGAACUUCAGAUCGAAAAUCAGCUCACUGCAUGUUUAGAUAAUACGACCAAUCUUGACAGCAUGGAAGAUGAUCUUGAUGACCACGAUAAAUAUGACAUGGCAUGCCAAUGCUGCGCAGAGAGUGCUGUUAGGUCCAUGCUUUACGACACAUGUCCAAAAACCAAGCCCUCUAUUAUUGACGCCGACUAUUGGUUUGGCAGGCUAUUGGAUGAAGAAGAUUGGAGCUCGUGCAGAUCAAUCUUCGACCAUUAUGAUUGCGCUGGAGAUCUAGGGUUUGGGGCUGAGGAUGCCGGUGGCGUUCAGAAAUAUUAUAAGACCGGGCAAUUUCCAAAGAAUGGCACGGAGACUCUUUAUAACACCAAUGGUGUUAUAGCCACGCCUAUUAGCGGCGCCAGCUUUACUUGGGAUUAUAGUACAGAUGUGCACACUGUUACCGUCAGGUCAACAGACUAUGUUCCAGUUGGCAUUGCCACUACAACCGAGACUCGGGCCAGUACUACAAAUCCUAGGAGUGAUGCCGCACAAACCAAUGCCAGCCAGACAGAUACUGGUGCCGGGAGUACAGCAACGGGGAAAGGCCCUGUCUUCGGUGCGCCAUUAUGGAUAAUCAUCGGCUUGGCGGUUAUAUUGGCCCUGGUAUUCAGUUGA